AUGGCGUAUCCCAUCCAGUGGCUGGACGCGACAUUCAACUCUCGCACCAAGACAGAAGACCUCCUCCGCCCAGAUCUCGAGUCUGGCCUCAUCUCUCAACACGACUUCCAGCUUGCAGUCGCUUUCCUCCCCGCAUCCCAUCGCUAUUGGCCUUACGGCUAUGCCCUCCUCGGAAGCAGCGCUGCUGCCGGCUACGCACGUCUUUACAGACGCCCUCCCGUUUCUCUCAACCGUACCAUGAUUAUAGCUACAGCAGCCGGAUUCAUCGGUUCAGUGUAUGGACAGUUUCGCCGAGCGAAGGCGCACUGGGCGUUCACUCACGUCCUGGAGGACCCCAUCGCGUUCAACCACGCUCUGGAAAACGUCAACAAGAGAACGGGAGGGGUGAGACCGCUCGCAUGGACUAUUCAAACAGCGAAAGAAGUGCAACGCCCAGAUGAGAUGCAUGGGAAUGCACCCCGACCAAUUGAAGACACCUGGGCUCCGGAUGCAGAUCAAGCUAGCCAGUCCCGGGCACCAAUACCGACAAGUACACCAAAGUCGGCAGCAUCGCCAGAGGCUCCGUCGAGACCCGCGAGUCGCUGGCAAGAGAUUCGCGCGGCAAAUAGCCGUGGUGCGGGACUGCCAUCUUCAUGGGAUGUAUUACGCCAGACUCAUGAGCGGAGUCGUCUUCCCGACGAUGCCCAAUCCACCAACCAACCUCCCAUGACGGACCGUGCGAGGGAACAAGCACAGUUUGACGCGUUAUUGGAGGCGGAGAGGAGAAUUGCCGGUGGCUGA